AGUUCUGCUGCCCCCCUACAGGCCGUGUCUUCAAGCAUCUGCCACAACCAGAAACAAUGCUGCAGAGUCUCCGCACCAUCUUUGCCAGGCGUGUAGCUCUGAGCCCGCGCCUCUAUCCUUCCCUGUGCUCAGUGGACGCUUUCCGCUCAGAGAAACGUUUCUAUACACCCUCUAAUGAAAAAAAGAAGUUUUAUGAAAAUGUCAGUAUUUCCCAAGGUGAAGGAGGAUUUGAAAUUAAUCUGGAUCGCAGGAAGUUAAGAACUCCGCAGGGAAAAGUCUUUGAGGUGCCCAGCGAACCUCUGGCACUUGCCGUGGCCACUGAAUGGGAUAGUCAGAAGGACACAAUAAAAUUCUUCACUAUGCACCUGACCACACUGUGUAACACGGCCCUGGAUAACCCGACACAGAAGAGUAAAGAGCAGCUGAUUGCGGCCGCACUGAAGUUCCUGGAUACUGACACCAUAUGUUGCAGAGUGGAGAAUCCUCCGGGUUUGGUUGAGCUACAGAAGAAUGAAUGUAUCAGUAACUGGUAUCGGCUAGUUUUUGAGGAAAUGUGUCGAUACAAUGUUGUGAUUGGCUCCUCCACCAGCAUCGUGGGUCCUGUCAUUCCUUCUGAGACCAAAGAGGUGUUCUGUCGCCACUUGGCAUCUUACAACUCCUGGGCGUUAUUAGGCAUUGAAUUCAUUACUACCCAGAUGAAGUCUCUGGUCCUCUCUAUGGGUCUCAUAGACCGGUUCCUGACUGUGGAGAAAGCUGUCGUCUUAUCGCGCUUAGAGGAGGAGUACCAGAUCCAGCAUUGGGGGAAGGUAGAGUGGGCUCACGAUUAUGAUCUGCAUGAAUUAUGCGCUCGGACGGCUGCGGGAAUUCUAUUCAUUCAUCUUUGUUCUUCAAGCUCAACUGUAAAACAUAAACUCUUACAAGACUGACUUCGGGCUGCGCAACCAAGAGGCUAAACCUUGGCUGUGGCGGCCAUGUUUGACAACAUGAAG